UUCAGGAAUCCCACGUGACGUCACCAAAGGGUGAUGUAAUGCUUCUCUAAAUAGAUCGUAUUGUAAUCUUUCCUCAGUCCAACGUGGUUCCUUCAGAAAGUGUGGUGCAUCUUCUCCAGACUUCUGCGGUAUAUGAGGAGCCAGUGACAGUGAUGAACUCCGAGCAGGAAAGGCCGUUCGUGUGCAGCGCCCCGGGCUGCUCUCAGAGAUUCCCUACAGAAGAUCAUCUAAUGAUUCAUCGGCACAAGCACGAGAUGACCCUCAAAUUCCCCUCCAUCAAAAAUGACAACAUGCUGUCAGACCAGACACCAACCCCAACGCGCUUCUUGAAGAACUGUGAGGAAGUGGGUCUCUUCAGCGAGCUGGAUUGCUCCAUCGAACAGGAGUUUUGCAAAGCUCAGGAGGAGGAGGACAGCAAACAGAAUAUCACUCUCCAUGGGCAGGGAGGUCCUAACCAACACCAGCAGACCCACUCAAGAAUGGCCAACCAUGACAGCAGCAUAGUGAUCCAGCAGGCACUACCCUCACCCCAGUCCAGUUCUGUCAUCACUCAAGCCCCUUCCACCAACAGACAGAUUGGGCCAGUGCCUGGUUCCCUUUCCUCGUUGUUGCACCUGAGGAACAGACAGCGACAGCCACUGCCGGCCUCCAUGCCUGGCACUUUGCCCGACCCGACUAUGCAAGGAUCGUCUGCUGUUCUGAUGCCUAUGGAGAGGCAAAUGUCUAUGGGCUCCAACAUGAUGGGCAUGCAAGGCCCCGCCCACAACAGCUCAUGCUCCUCCCCUCAUGUUCCAUCCAUGCACUCAGAAGCAAAGCUGAGACUGAAAGCUGCCCUUGCCCACCAUUCAGGGGGAAUGGCGAAUGGCAGCAUAAACUCCAUGGGCCACAUGAUGGAGAUGAUGCCAUCGCGGCAGGAUCAGACCGGUCACCACCACCUGCACUCACAUCCUCACCAGCACAUGCAGGGUCCUCCCCACGGAUACCCACACCAUGCCCACCACCACCCCAGCCACGCACAGAGCGUCCAUCACCACCCACAAAGCCACGGGCACCACAACUCCCACCCGCCCCACCUGCACCCUGCACACGGACACCAGACCUCUCCACACCAACCCAUGCACUCUGCUGCUUCACAGUUAUCUCCAGCUGCGCAGCAAAUGCAGCCGACGCAGACCCUUCAGUCCCCGCCGCCCAGCGGAGGUCGUCGCAGGCGGGUCGUGGACGAGGACCCCGACGAGCGCCGGAGGAAGUUCCUGGAGAGAAAUCGCGCGGCCGCCACACGCUGCAGACAGAAGAGGAAAGUGUGGGUGAUGUCGCUAGAAAAGAAAGCAGAAGAGCUCACCCAAACCAACAUGCAGCUGCAGAAUGAGGUCACCAUGCUAAAGAACGAGGUGACACAACUUAAACAGCUUUUAUUGACACAUAAGGACUGUCCCAUCACCGCCAUGCAGAAAGAGUCUCAAGGUUACCUCAGUCCAGAGAGCAGUCCUGCAGGAAGUCCCACCCCUGUCACUCAGCAGCAAGUCAUCCAGCACAAUACCAUCACCACCUCCAGCACAGCACCCAAUCACCGCACAGAUAUUAACCCCAUCCACUAGAGACUUCACCCCGACGCCCCCACCACGCUGGACAUCCCGACUGCAAAUUCUGGACAGACACACACCUCUGUGCCUCUGUGGCAGCUUAUUCUUCUAUUUGUGAUUUGUAAAUGUAAAAUGACUACCAAUUUGUUUAGCUCUGUGUGUUUUAUGUUUUCUUUUGAGUCUGCUUAAAAAAGGGAGUCUGCAUAAAUCAUCGGCCACCAUCUCACUCGUCAAGGACAUCGCUAAUGGAAACGCAACUGUUACAUCUGUUCCUGGAUAACUACUGGACCACUGCCUUUACAAAUGACAGAAUUCAGAUCGCUGGAUAGCUUUUGCUAUGAAUUUUCCAUUGCCAAAAAGAUACUGUCCUUUCAUUUCUGUUUAUUGUUAUAACAAUUCUUCUCACAUUCCCCUUUUUAUCCAAUUCAAAAGGAUAAAUUAGGAAGGUCAGUGUCCAUUGGGAGUUCCUAAUGAAAGUAACCUGAAGCAAUAUGAAUCUCUGACAUGCUCAGCAAUCUGAUUGUCUUCACUUGCUCGCUCGGACCAGAAUCUAGAUCAGAUUAAGUUCACCCUAUUAGCUCCUGUCAUUUCAGAUAUCAUUUCAAAAGUUAUCUUCGUGAAACAAAACAGCUUUCACUCCUAAGCUGGUACAGAUCAUGUAAAUGGAAUGCAUUUAUCAAGCUCACACAGGCUUAUUUGAGCAUAUGCCCUGCUGAACAUGUGUGAGAUUUCGGAGUAUUCCCAGAGUGGCCGGAUCACAGCUGCAAUAGUGUUGCACCAGGAAGACAUCUCACUUGGCGUUCAAACUCUUCGGAAUACACCAUCAGCUGUUUCAUUUUAAUCUGGCGUAACUUCUGGUCGAAUUUACCCCUGGUUCUCCUCAGUUUGCAUGACGCCUCUACUGGCAGUUAUUUCGGUAUCUGUUUUGGAUCAGCGAGUGGACUAAGUAUUACGCACAUACAUCAAUACAUUUUUAAGUAUGUUUUGUGCUCAUAUGUGGGCCUUCCAACCACAUCCAAAACACUCCAUCUAAUCUUGAACCAGAAUAAUGCCAUGGAAAACUUGGAAGCUUUUGCUUUACCUGAGGCUAUGGAAAACUUCCACUGAAGCCAAAUGCAUUGUUAAAUGCUACUUAAAAUUAGCUUUCGUUUUGGCUCAAAGUAUUGUUUAGAUCUUCCUCGGGCAUUCUGACUGUGAGGUAAAUUAAAUUUAAUAGGAUUAAAUGUAAUAAGAUAUAUUUUGAUACAUCCCAGUUUGUUUGGUGCCUAGGAAAUCAUAUGAGGCUUUCUUCUUGAAAUGGACCAUGGUAAAUUCUGCACUUCACUAUAGUUUUUAUGAAACUAUCAGGCUCCAUCAAAGGUUCUGGAAAUGUGCUGUUGAUUUUGAGAUGUUAUUAUACAGUCAGCAACUUACUGUAAGGGGCCGUUCACCAAGAAUGCAUUUUUGCAAUUGUAAUAUGCAAAAGGAUGGUUCUCAAGAUCCGUGUGAUUUUUAUAGAGCAGAGACGCACAAAAACAAACCCCUUCCAGUGCACUGGUAUGUUUUCUUAUUUAAAAAAUCUCAAAAUGCACCACAAAACCAUGGCGUAUUUAUUGUUACUGUGUUCCCUUACUGUAAAAUACAUCCCAUUUUCUUAACCGCCUCAAGUGAGAACAUGCAUUUUAUAACUCACAACUCAAUUUUACAGUGUCUCAGUGUGUAAUGUGUAAUUCUUACCAGUCCAUAAUACUCUGAUUCACAUCCUAGGGAGCUGAUUGAGACACACCUGAAUAAACGUCAUACAAUGGAAUGCAUAAAUGCAUUCUGUGUGAACUGCCCUGAUAAUAACAUGCAGAGAUUAACUUUGUAAGGGAUGUGUGGGCAAGGUCCCAUAUACCUCAUGAGUGCAUGAUCUUGGAGCGAUGAGCUAUAAGAUGGCCACUGUGACUUUAAGACUUGAGUCCUAAAUGCCAUAAAGACCGUGACACACCAAACCAACAUUAAAGAACUAGCGGCGAUGAAAGGUGACAGUUGUUGUCUUGCGUCGCAUGUGUUUGGGCCAAAAAGUUGCCGCAAAGGCUAUAGCCAAAGACCAGCUAGUAUGCACAUUCUGCAUAUGCAUAAAAGGAAAUAACUGUCCGUACCAGCAGGUGGCAGUAGUUGGCGACUGCAUUCCUCAUUCCAAAAGGGAAACCGAACUACAGAUAUACAAACUGUAAACAAAGCAGUGCUUUCGUACAACUUACCUUAUCCCAGAUGUUAUUUCGUUGCCAUAUCAAUAUUUGCAUACCAGAACGCUCAGGUAAGAUGUAAAAUUAGAACAGCCAUCUGUUUGUUUUUUUUUUUUCUUAGUUUUUCUUCUUGGGCACUGGUUCGCUAGGCCAAGCAGCCAAUCCAGCGCUACCUCACAACUAAUUCAUAUGUGCUUUGCGAAGUGGUUAAUGCAUACAAAUGUGUAUAAUUCACACUUGUAUUUCUGUGAGGGGCAGGUUUAGGGGUGCUCAUUCAUACGAAUUCCUACUAAUUUUCCACCUCGUAAUAUGCAUAUGUUUUUUCGCAAAAUGUACAAAUUCGUACAAGAGAGGUCGUAGUUGGAGUCAUCUCGUAAAACAGAUUGAGUUAGCCAAUCAGAGUGAUCGUUCUCGCCCACUACCUGGGACUGAUUUAACUAAAGGGACUAAUUUAGCUAAAUCAGCCAAAAAGCCUCAGACAUGGUCCGACUAGUGGUGACGGUGUGGAAGUGACAUUGGCUUGGUGUGUCACAGACUUUAGUCACAUUUUCUUCGUUUAAAUGCAAGUGAAGACACAAUUUGGUCCACCUUUGUUUCUCUCCGCUGCGAAAAUGUAGCAUUGUACUAUUUCUACGCAGGUACUUAUCUAGACCGAUCUAGAUACUGCUUUCCAAAUGUCACUAUGUGCCUGAAUAUGUCUUAAAUACUCACAUAGGGAAGAAUGUCAGUCCUUAGUAAUACCUUGAUAUCAUUGCAUUUAUUUUCAAUUCAGGUUGAACUUUAAGGCCUUGACAUUGUUUAGCUUUUUUGUAAAGACUAAUUACUAGCGUUUUAUUGUGGACACUGUUUUGUUUUUUUUCGGACUCAAUUUGGUGUUAGUAGACUUUCUACCUUCUCGAAACCAAGGAGGCCUGUGGUGAGAAUACAGGCAAGCUGGAAAUGUCUUAUCAUCACGAGGAGAGAUGCACCAAAAUGUUUCCCCUCUGCCGAAAAAGGGCCUUUUUUCCCAGCAGCUAAGCUCAGAACUCUGUUUCAUGUUUUUCACAGUUUGUAGAGGAUUUUUCGUCGCCCUCCUAAAUGGAACAUAUUGAUUCCCUUCGCCUUUCCUCGCAGCACUGUGUUUGGAACGAAAGCGUGCAAAACGACCUCCACAUUGAGAGGUGGAAAUCUUGUAGCUGUCUAUGCACUUUGACCUCUGUGCGCAGCAGAGGAUGGAAUAGCCAUAUAGAAGACUCAGCGAUUCCCAGUUCCUACACCAGCGAGAGCCAGCCACUGUCAAUCUAUGGAGCAACGUAACUUGUACGGACCAAUCGGACUGGAGCCCACGGGAUGGGUCAGCCCAAGAAGGACAUGAUUCAACCCGAAAGCUUGGGUUUUGGUGGUGCUCCUGUAGCUUUAAGACUUUAAACUGUCCCUUUAGAGAAAACCUGUUUGUCACACUGUGAAAUGGGUGACAUCAAGUUGAACUGGAAACACGAUUGUGCUUUUAUUGUUGAUUUUGUUGGACCUUGUGGUGGUUUGAUUGUUUCUAAGCAUUGCUCACGUAGGGUAGUUCACCCAAAAAGUCUUCUGCAAAACACAAAAGGACAUAUUUCGAAAAAUAAGUUUUGUCCAUACAGUGAAUGUCAAUGGGAUCCAAACAUUUUAAGCUUGAUAAAGGUGGUUUGAUUAAUUGAUUAAAUACUAUAUGGUGACAGUAAUAACAAACCUCAUUGGUUUUGGUGUGUCACAUGUUGUGUCAUGUGGUGUGUCACAACACAAAAACCAUUUAGGUUUGAGGUUGCUGCCUUGUUUCCUUAUUUAAUUUGUGCUCCGUGUGAGUUGAUCAGUGAUAACAUGUGAUUCAAUUUGAAAGCGAACAACCACUUUGUACCAUUUCAGAAGACCGGAGCUGUUUGGAUUACUUUUACGCUGCCUUCAUUUAUUUUGUGGACGUUGAAACCCCAUUGACUUUCACUGUAUAGACAAAAAAAAAUACUAAAGCUUUCGUCCAAAUACGUUCUUUAGUGUUCUGCGGAAAAAAAAAGUGAGUAAAGAUUAAAUUAAAUCAAAUUUUUGCGAACUGAAUUACGUCAUUUCAACAGGAAUCCAAAGCAAAAUGAAAUUCAUGAGAAUUUCCCCAUUCGGUUUUCGCAACUGACUCACCGCAUUAACCAACAGAAACGGCUUGGUUUUAAAGCGUCUGUAGUGUAGAGAUUUAUAAAGCGCAUCUCACACAGACUUCAGCAAUGAUUACAAUUUUUGGGUGAACUGUUCCUUUAAAUAACUCAAAUCAACAUUCAGUGUUUUUCGGUGCAUGUAGCGUAAUAGUGUGGCUUCGAACGGGACUCCGACGGCCCAUAAAAGGGGUGGGUUUCGGUGUUUUUGGACCGUGAGCUCGAAAGUUAACGUGAGAUCCGUGUAUGCAUGCAUAUUCACUCCCGUUGGCAUCUCAGACUUCGCACUCAAUGGUUUGCAGUGUUUAACCCUAUGUGAUGAUGUCAUAAUGUAGUGGGAGGGGCUUGUUAAAAGCGGUUUGGAUCUCCGUGGAGGACUUGAAACAGUUUAAAGUUGCAUUUUAUUUCAUCUGCUGCAUCUUUACAUUUCAAAACAAAGUGAUCAGGAUGCCACAUCAUCUUCUCCCCAAGCAACAUAACAUACAAGAACACACUGAACUGGAAAUAUUUCGCUCAUUCUCAGUGAUUAACAUACAUUAAUCUCAAACUAUUGAUUUGGCAUCGGUCUUUGUUAGGAUGGGUGUCUUUUGUAAUAGCAUUCUUAUCAAACCGAGGGAGAUUUUUUUUGUGUGUGUGUGCGCGCGAGUAUAUGUGUGCUUUUGUGUGCAUAGUUUUGUUUUGUUUUUUAGGUGGAGGACAAUGAAUACACAUUAAUAAAAAAUAUAAAUGUAUCAUUGCAGCAAAACUAUAAAUAUUGUAUAAAUUUUCAUUAAUUUUUGUAAUCUUAUUCCCAUAAUGCAACCACCUUUCUUUUUGAAAGGAGUACAUGUUUGGUACUUGUUUGUAAAUAAUGUUUGCGUAGCACUUGCAGUCUUCAAACGUUUGCCUGUUCAUUUCAGAGCUGAAACAUUGCAUAGUUUGUUACGCAUAUUGAAUUCAUGAAUUCACACGCUUGCAUAACUUUGUAUAUUUUAUAUGUUUAUUAAUGCCUUGAACAGUUUGUGUUUAUGCAAAUGUACAGAUGUGAGAUCACAACAGCUAUAUUACAAUAUGAAAAUAAAGCACUUGUUCUUUAACAAA